AUGUCUUCUCCUAGGGUCCGAACCCCCCGUCGUCAAGCUUUCCUACCCGCAGCUGGCGAUGCUCGGUUGGCAAGAUGCCGAAUUCGACCGACACUAAACCAAAUCCAUUGGAAAGUUCCGGGGUUCCAGGGUCUUUUUACAGACGUGGGGUGUUAUGCCUCGGCUCAAGCUGUACGAAUUUGCCUGUCAAGUCGGUUGUCCUUGACUCGUGGCGCGUUUACUGUCAUCUUCGGCUACAAUCUCGUCGUUUUCCCCGCGAUUCCUCGAGACACUAUUUCGGGACACUUUGACUUCUCUCUACGAAAUCGCGUGUUCAAAAGCAAGUACGAGGUAACGCGCCCCGGGCAUCAGGAUAAGCUUUCGGAAUAA